UAUAGCUACCACCAGAACUCGCAAUCCCAAACACUUCCCUUUGCCCUUUAGCUUUCUUUUUUCUUCUGUCAUUCAAAUUUUUCAGAGCCACAAUGGCCACUGGUGCUCAGUUAUCUCCAUCCCCUCAUGGACUUGCACCUUCUUGCGAUGAUAAGAACGCAAAGGCUUUGCAGUUCAUUGAGGAUACGACCCGAAACACUGACAAUGUCCAAGAGAGGGUACUUGCCCAGAUUCUGGCCCAAAAUUCCCAGACUGAAUACCUUCAACGGUUUCAGCUCGAUGGAGCCACAGACCGUGACUCUUUCAAAUCCAAGGUUCCCGUCGUUUCAUACGACGAUUUGAAGCCCUAUAUUGAACGCAUUGCCAAUGGUGACCGCUCUCCUAUCAUAUGUGCUCAUCCAAUCUCUGAGUUUCUCACCAGUUCUGGAACAUCUGCUGGUGAAAGAAAAUUGAUGCCAACCACUGAGGAAGAUAUGGGGCGUCGUCAAUCACUUUACAGCCUUCUCAUGCCAGUGAUGAACCAAUACGUGCCUGGCUUGGACAAGGGGAAGGCUCUCCAAUUCCUAUUCAUCAAAGCAGAGACAAAGACUCCGAGUGGGUUAGUGGCACGUCCAGUGCUCACUAGCUACUACAAAAGCGUGCACUUCAAAAACAGACCCUUUGACCCUUACAACGUGUACACAAGCCCAGAUGAAGCAAUCCUCUGCCCCGAUUCCUUCCAAAGCAUGUACACCCAAAUGCUAUGCGGCCUCAUCAUGCGCCACCAAGUCCUAAGAGUCGGUGCGGUUUUCGCCUCUGGACUUCUCCGAGCCAUUGGCUUCCUCCAACUCAAUUGGCAGCAACUAACCCAUGACAUCUCCACCGGAACCCUAAGCCCCAAAAUCACAGACUCCUCCAUAACACAACGCAUGGCCCAAAUCCUGAAACCAGACCCAGAGCUCGCUAAUUUCAUCGCAAAUGAAUGUUCGGGAGAAAACUGGGAACGCAUAAUCACCAGAAUUUGGCCCAACACAAAGUACCUUGACGUGAUUGUCACUGGCGCCAUGGCACAGUAUAUUCCAACUCUCGAUUAUUACAGCGGUAGGUUACCUCUCGCUUGCACCAUGUACGCUUCUUCCGAGUGCUAUUUUGGGCUUAACCUCAACCCAAUUUGCGAUCCGUCUGAGGUUUCUUACACCAUUAUGCCAAACAUGGGCUACUUCGAGUUCUUGCCUCACGACGACUCGUCCGUGUCAACCCUGUCACGUGACUCGCCACCUCGUUUGGUCGACCUGGCUGACGUUGAAGUCGGAAAAUUCUACGAACUCGUUAUAACCGCUUACACUGGUCUAUGCCGUUACCGUGUUGGAGACAUCCUCCAAGUGACAGGGUUCCACAACACAGCUCCGAAAUUUCGUUUCGUGAGGCGAAAGAACGCGUUGCUCAGCAUUGACUCAGACAAAACGGACGAAGCAGAGUUACAAAACGCCGUUGAGAACGCCUCCGUGCUGUUAAAAGAGUUCAACACGAGCGUGGUGGAGUACACGAGCUUCGCGGACACGAAAUCCAUCCCGGGGCAUUACGUGAUUUACUGGGAACUGUUUAUGAAGGACGCGUCAAAUGCACCCAGUGAUGAAGUUCUGAGUCAGUGUUGUUUGAAAAUGGAAGAAUCGCUUAACUCGGUUUAUAGACAGGGAAGGGUCUCAGACCAUUCGAUUGGGCCGUUGGAGAUACGAGUGGUGAAGAAGGGAACGUUUGAGGAGCUUAUGGACUACUCUAUCUCGCGUGGCGCGUCGAUUAACCAGUACAAGGUGCCAAGGUGCGUGAGCUUCACACCUAUAACGGAGUUGCUAGACGCUAGGGUGGAGUCCGUUCAUUUUAGCCCGUGUGAACCGCGAUGGACCCCGGAACGGCGUCGUUGA